AUGUUGGUUUUAUUUGAUCAGAUGGACGGCUCUAUGGCUUCUGGGAUUGACAAUGAGAAAGCAACUACAGACGUUGAUGACUCUAGAUGGGAGGCUUUUGAUAUUUCAUCUUCAGAAGAUGAAUAUGAAGUACCUUCGUCUGAUGAUGAUGAUAGCAUUUUUGGUGAUCUUGUAUCUGAGUCUGAUAAUAUGGACAUCGAUGAUGAAGACAUCAUAAGUGGUACAGAUGAUGAACCCACUUCUGAAAAUACGAGUGAUGUUGUUGUAAUCAGAAACAGUGAGCUCACCUACUACGGGAAUUCUGAUUUGGAAGACUUUGCUUAUGGAGAGGAUGUUCCUGAGCAGUCAAAAUCAUUAGAAGGGGGGGUUUCACAGCUGUCAAAAUAUGAAUGCAAAAGCGAAGUGACAGGAAGUUCCCAGAUGGACCAUACUAAGCAGGAAGAUAAUAAGGAUCCAUAUCAUAUUGAUGCUGAAAUGAGCAGACAGCGAAAGUAUGAGGCUGCAAAGGCCAUGAUCUUUCUUUCCGAAGAGGCUGCCUAUUAUUUCUACAACAAGUAUGCCAAAGAACAUGGUUUUAGCAUUCGACGCGAGAAGAAAAAGGAACGCCUUGAUGAAUUAGGGACACCCACCAUGAGUGUGUCGUAUAACAGAAAAAGGAAGAUCAAGGCUCAUCAGAAAUCUAGGAUCAUGUCACUAGGAGCUGCUGGGAUGAGAUUAUUCAACAUUAUGAGGACAUUUAUCAGUGACACUGGAAAAUACAGCAGGGUACGAUUUGUAAGAAAGGAUCUUUACAACAUGUCUUGCCGUGAAAAGAGGAAGAUGAUUGCAAAGGGUGACGCUAACACAACCAUUGGCAUUAUAGAGAAGAGAAAGCGAGAUGAUCCUGAAUUCUAUUUUGAUUACAAGCUUGGUAAAGGUGGAAAAUUGUUACACCUGUUCUGGCGUGAUUCUCAGUCUCGGCAGGACUAUGCCGACUUCGGUGACGUGUUGGUGUUUGACAGCACGUACAAAACAAAUCGGUAUGCUAUGCCGUUCAUACCUUUUGUGGGAAUAAACAAUCACCGCCAGACUACUAUUUUUGCAUGCGCCAUUGUCUCGGACGAAAAGGAAGUAACAUACAAGUGGUUGUUAGAAACAUUCCUGAAAGCCAUGUAUCAGCAGAAGCCUAAAGGGAUCAUCACUGAUGGGGAUGCUGCAAUGAUCGCCGAUGUUGGUAAAGUCUUUCCAGGCGUGUGGUACCGUGUUUGUACGUGGCAUAUUGAGAAGAACAUGAAGAAGCACAUUGACCCCCUGGCUCACAAUGAAUUUCGGUCGCUGCUGUACUACACCACUUCGGAACAAGUAUUCGAGGGGAGAUGGAGGGCAUUCGUCGAGAAGCACCAGACGGAAUUAACCAAAGAAUGGAUGAAGAGGAUGUAUAGGAGGAAGAAGUUGUGGUCAGCCGCGUAUCUAGCGAAUGGAUAUUUCCUCGGAAUGAAAAGCAACCAGAGGAGCGAGAGUUUGAACUCAACCCUACACACCCACCUUGACUUUGGACUGACAAUGGUGGAUAUGGUUGUGCACUACGAGAAUAACAGUAGCCGUGUCCGGGAGGAAGAGGCCCGCCAGGACACCAUAGACUCUCAGACAGUACCGGUUGCAGUUACCACGUACAAGGAUAUAGAGAUGUCUGCUGCCCGUAAAUUCACUGCUACAAACUUCUACCUCGUUCAAGGGGAGCUGAAAAAGAUUGGGGGCCUAGAGAUUUGGAGUAUAGACCUGAAAGCAAAGAGGAAACAAUAA